AUGUCUUCCGACGAUACCUCAACCAGUUCCUCAUACUACUACAGCUCCGCAACAACAAGCACAACAGGCAGCGAAACAACCGGCCAUCGAUACACAACAACCUCCCACACCGACCCAACCGGCAACACCGUCGUUCGCACCGCGCACCAAGACCUCGGCGAACCAGCAACCUACGAAGAACGGCGCUUCGACCGCACAGGCCAAGAACUCGUCUCCUCGAGAGCCGGUACGGGUGCAGGCAUCGAUCCCAGCGGGGGCGGAGGCUCAAGACGCAUAAUUCAGGAUAUGACGGAUCAAGACAAGAAUUACGAUCUGUCGUCUACGGGCGCCGCGUCGGUGGAUACGAGUACCAAUCAGGAUUUGUAUGCGCUGCAGGAUACCUCGCUCUCGGAUUUCAGGCCGCAGGAUUCGAGUGUAGCGGCGACGAAUUCCCCGGCUGACGAUGUGGUGGGCAGUGAGAGGCAUUAUAGGUCGGAUUUUGAUGAAGGGGCUGUUGAUCCAGUGUCGGGGAGGACGUAUCACCCGGAGGAUUAG